GAAGACGCGGACUAGAGAGGUGGCUCAGAACUGGCCCUGGAUCAAAUGGGCAUUCCAGAGCAGCAGAAUUGCGGAGCUCCAAUUCGAAGUUUUUCCUCAUUUAUCUUUAGGAAACGGACUUCGGCAAUGACGAGUUGGUAUCUCGCAUGUUCUGUUCGCCUUGGGAAAGCUUUUAUGGGAUAGCUACGAGUCUGACAUCUUUUGAUAGCCAUCUUUUACAGACAAAAGAGGGCUACGAAGUGAUAGACGACCGAGAUUGCAGAGGUCUGAGUCUCCAUUCAAUGGAGAAAGUGGGGAAGAUGUGGAGCAGCCUCAAGAGCAGAUGUCAAACCCUCUUCCACACCCAUGGUCCUGAACCCAGUGUAUGCAGCCUAGAUAUGGAUGGUGUCCACUGUGUGGUGGACCUGGGCCAGGGAGAAGUCAGAGGUGAGUCCCAGGCUGCUGGGGGCUCUGCUUCUGCACAGUUUCUCCGGGUGAGCAGGGGACGCCGAGGCCACAACUGUGUGGCAGAUAUUCCCCAGAUUGUGGAAAUCACAGUUGACAAGGAGAGCGAGGAUGUGCGGAGGGUGCCGCUGGUACGCAGGGAUUCCUAUUCCCGGCAUGCUCCCUGGGGAGGAAAAAAGAAGCACUCCUGCUCCACUAAAACGCAGAGCUCUCUGGAGGCCGAUCGGCGGACGGAAUGCUCAAGAGGAGGGCCAAGGAGGCGUGAGCGCUGCUACGGGACCAGUUCCAUCCAGGAGAUGGGUGAAUCAGAAGUAGGAGGUGGUGGGCGGAGCCUAAGUGUCCGCUCCGUGCGGCAGCAGCUGAAGGAUACAGUAGGCUUAUGCCUGCCUCUGAAUACAGGCCGUCGGCCCCGUUCGGCCGACGGCCAGGUUAUUUCCAAGCGCAAGAUCCACCUAACGGAGCUGAUGCUGGAAACAUGUCCAUUCCCACCUGGCUCUGACCUGGCCAACAAGUGGCACCUCAUCAAGCAGCAUACAGCACCAGUCAGCCCACACUCGUCCACCGCAUUGCUGGAUGCUUUCGACCCAGCACGGCCCUCCCUGGAGGACGAAGAGGAGAGACUCCGCGAGCGACGCAGGCUCAGUAUUGAGGAAGGUGUCGAUCCACCUCCAAACGCGCAAAUCCACACGCUGGAGGCCACCGCUCAGAGGUCUGCCCUCCACAAACUGGGACCAAAGAUGGCACCCAGUUCUGGCGAAGGUCCCGGGGAGGCCAGGAGCCUGGGUGCUGGAACCUCCUUUUCAGGGGGUUUGACUGGUAUAGUGGCACAGGUGGGGAUGAGCACAGCCACACCAUCCCAGCUUGCUGACUGCGACUCCGAGGAGGACUCGACCACUCUGUGCUUACAGGCACGGAGGCCUAAGCAGAGGCAUUCCUCUGGAGAUGGACACUCCUCCAGGCAUCCCGGACCCUGGAAGGUUCACACACAGAUUGACUUCAUCCACUGCUUGGUGCCUGACUUACUGGCCAUCACAACACUUCCCUGCUACUGGGGGGUGAUGGAUCGUUACCAAGCAGAAGCACUGCUGGAUGGCCGGCCAGAGGGCACCUUCCUGCUCCGUGACUCUGCCCAAGAGGACUACUUAUUUUCAGUUAGCUUCCGCCGCUACAACCGCUCGUUGCAUGCGCGCAUCGAGCAAUGGAACCACAACUUCAGCUUUGAUGCCCAUGACCCCUGCGUCUUCCACUCCUCCACGGUCACGGGUUUGCUGGAGCACUACAAAGACCCGAGCGCCUGCAUGUUCUUCGAGCCGCUGCUCACGGCUCCGUUGCACAGGACCUUCCCGUUCAGUCUGCAGCACCUGGCACGGGCCGCCAUCUGCAGCCAGACCACCUACGACGGCAUUAGCGCCCUGCCGCUGCCCGUGAGCAUGCAGGACUUCCUCAAGGAGUAUCACUACAAACAGAAAGUGCGUGUUCGCUGGCUAGAGAGGGAGCUGCCACUCAAGGUCAAAUGAGGCCUGGCUGUUUGACCAACAGAGGCAUGAGCUAUGAAGGCGAGGGGGACUCUCUGCCAACGGGAAUGUGCAUGGAUCAGAUCAACACUCGUUGAGCUGGGGUUAGGCUUGUGGUAAAGAAAUGUUUGGAACUGCCAAUACACAGUUGUUUUAGUUCACACUUAAAUCACAUUCACAUGGAAUACACAUUUAUAAUAAGCAGUUUACGCUACCUGGCAAGCACAUGUUUUAACUGUCAAGCAGGUUUGGAUUGGAAUAGUUUGGUCCUCUCUGUCCAGUCUCUCUGACCAUAUCUACUGGAUUAGCUUCAGCCUGCCUGCUACACUGUCUGCACACGCCUGCACUGUCUCUCCCAUUUUACACCAUGUGGUCCCAGAUUAGUUACAGACAUUUACUCACAAAAUGGACAACAUCCAUUUCACUUCAUUUAAAUACUAACAUUAUACUCAUAGUAUAAGGUGUUUAAAACUAGCCUUACAAGGCUUAUAUUUAGUUAUGUAUUACACGAUUAUUUACUAAGUAAUAGCUAAUUUACCAGCAAUAAGUUUAAAUGACUUUGCCAAACCCUCUUGAGUGUUAUGUUUCAUGAGGCAGCAUUUAGAUCUCAGAACACAGGAAAUGGACAGAGUUACACACUCACCUUUCAGCGCUGAGCUCGCCUUUUCAAGGGAGGCAGAUCUAAAAGACACAGAUUAACUGCAUGAGGAGGAAAUUGCCAGUUAGAGACAGUGAUUCUUUCCUGUUACCCACCAGCUACACACAUGGGACAUAUGGACACACAGACAUAGUUGACCAUGUGCCAUAUAAUGGAAGGUUUGUUAUCUAAAAUUGGCUUGCAAAGCAGCGUCCUCUCUCAGCACAAUUGCCAUUUUCAAUAGGAUGUUGCUAUGCUAUGAGUGAGGGUCUCAACUGAAAAACCACAGGCACUUUGUCAUAGUAGUAGUUCAGAAAAGAGCAGUGGACUGAACAUAUGCAGUGUCAGUUUGUGAUAGUAUUAUUGACUAUUUGUUACUUCCUCCCCCCAUUUGGGGCAUAACUUGAGUUCAUGUCUUCAGAACUCACUAUCAUUAUCUUCUGCCAUACAGGGCAUGAAUCAGUGGUCUGUGUUUCACACUGAUAUGAAGUUUUGUAAUCGGUCACCUUCAGUCUGAGCAGAUGUUAUAUUAUACAAAUAAAUGUAUGUUUUAAUCUGUCUGUGGUUUUAAGAGGACAUGAUAAAAUGAUAUUUGCAGCUUGUACGAUUACCUCACUAUGUCUUUGCUAUAGACACAGCAUGAACAUGGAGAUAUGCCAUUUGUGUACUUGUUUUUAGUAUUGAUGUCCUGUUACCUUAUCAGAUGUGGUUAGUUCCACACUUUUGUUGCACUUUUACCCAUUGUGAAGCAUAUAGCUAUAAUAUGCUUCCUGUGUCAUAUUUUUGUGCACUAAAAAUGAGAUUCCUUUAACACUGUAAAAAAAAAAAAAGAUGGGCUAGCCAAUUCUUUUAAUCAUAUACCCUACGAUAACCUAAUUUGUUGAUAUGAGUGAUGAAUAUUUUUUAUAUGGGACAAAUAAAGGCCAAGCUAACGUCAACUGUUCAGUUCACUGUCAAAGCUGGAAUAUCAUAUUAAUAUGAGAAGAUGCUCAGGUCCACUAUGAGUUCAACUUAUGCAUAAUGGCAGGUUGCAAUGGAAGCUGUAAUUUAGUGUUUGUAUUUUUGAGGAUCAUUGACCAAAGGGAUGUUUGUGUGCUUUUUUUUAUCAUGUUCCCUAAUUUUUAUCUUGUUAUUUGUUGAACACUUUCUUGGCACAUUUCAAAUUCAGGAAUUGUCAGUAAUUUUUCAUCA